UCCCAUAAAAACCUCGCCCCCAUCUACUGCAGCUGCUAGCCUGCAACUGCUCCCACUUCACUCCUCUUCUCGCGAGUCGAGUCCAAGGAUCAAAAUUAAGCAGUUAAAAACUGAGAGAGAAAAAAAAAACAAGAAAAGAAAGGCGAGCUCUCCCUCCAUCGCCAUUGCCACCCUCCACAAAACACCGUGCGGCGCUCUUCACGUUGCCGCCUCGCACGCAUUGCUCCUCUCCAAGAAGCAGCUCACUGCUCUCUCUCUCUCUCUCUCUCUCUCUCUGUCCCUCUCUCUCUCUCACGCCAAGAGAGAGGGUGAGCAGAGGAGAGGUAGCUAGCUCGGAGCUUUCUUUGGAGAGGGGACACACUUGCAAUGGCGCCGGCGCCGACUCCGGCUGCCGCCGCCGGCCGCCGCGUGGCAGUGCUGGCCGCGGCGCUCGUGGCGGCCUCCCUCGCGGCGAGCGUGGGCGUCGCCAACGCGGCCGUGUCGUACGACCGCCGGUCGCUCGUCAUCAACGGCCGCCGCCGCAUCCUCCUCUCCGGCUCCAUCCACUACCCGCGGAGCACCCCCGAGAUGUGGCCGGGGCUGAUACAGAAGGCCAAGGACGGCGGCCUCGACGUCAUCCAGACCUACGUCUUCUGGAACGGACACGAGCCCGUCCAGGGCCAGUACUACUUCAGCGACCGGUACGAUCUUGUCAGGUUCGUCAAGCUGGUGAAGCAGGCCGGCCUCUACGUCCACCUCCGCAUCGGCCCCUACGUCUGCGCCGAGUGGAACUUUGGGGGCUUUCCUGUCUGGCUGAAAUAUGUGCCGGGGGUUAGCUUCAGGACGGACAAUGGCCCGUUCAAGGCGGAAAUGCAGAAGUUUGUGGAGAAGAUUGUGUCGAUGAUGAAAUCCGAGGGGCUGUUCGAGUGGCAGGGCGGCCCGAUCAUCAUGUCUCAGGUGGAGAAUGAGUUUGGGCCGAUGGAGUCGGUCGGUGGCAGCGGUGCCAAGCCGUAUGCAAAUUGGGCCGCAAAGAUGGCCGUCGGGACCAACACUGGCGUGCCGUGGGUGAUGUGCAAGCAGGACGACGCCCCUGACCCAGUGAUCAACACUUGCAAUGGAUUUUACUGCGACUACUUCAGCCCAAACAAGAAUUACAAGCCGUCCAUGUGGACUGAGGCCUGGACCGGCUGGUUUACAUCGUUCGGAGGUGGGGUGCCGCAUCGGCCAGUGGAGGAUCUGGCUUUUGCCGUGGCGAGGUUCAUACAGAAGGGUGGCUCUUUCGUGAACUAUUACAUGUACCAUGGAGGAACCAAUUUUGGCCGGACAGCUGGUGGUCCCUUCAUUGCAACCAGCUAUGAUUAUGAUGCUCCGAUUGACGAAUUUGGUCUGCUUAGGCAACCGAAAUGGGGUCACUUGAGAGACCUUCACAGGGCCAUCAAGCAGGCUGAGCCUGUGCUGGUUUCUGCCGAUCCGACAAUAGAGUCUAUUGGCAGCUAUGAGAAGGCAUAUGUCUUCAAGGCAAAGAAUGGAGCAUGCGCGGCGUUCCUGUCGAACUACCACAUGAACACUGCAGUCAAAGUCAGGUUCAAUGGGCAGCAGUACAACCUUCCUGCUUGGUCCAUCAGCAUUCUGCCGGACUGCAAAACUGCCGUCUUCAACACUGCAACGGUGAAGGAGCCAACAUUGAUGCCAAAGAUGAACCCAGUGGUUCGAUUCGCUUGGCAGUCAUAUAGCGAGGACACAAACUCGCUGAGCGACAGCGCGUUCACGAAGGAUGGCCUUGUUGAGCAGCUGAGCAUGACAUGGGACAAGUCAGACUACCUGUGGUACACCACAUACGUCAACAUUGGUACAAAUGACUUGAGGUCUGGUCAGUCUCCUCAGCUCACUGUCUACUCCGCUGGGCACUCGAUGCAGGUGUUCGUGAACGGGAAAUCAUAUGGAUCUGUUUAUGGUGGUUACGACAACCCGAAGCUGACAUACAAUGGACGUGUCAAGAUGUGGCAGGGCAGCAACAAGAUCUCCAUCCUAAGUUCAGCAGUUGGCCUCCCUAAUGUUGGCAACCAUUUUGAGAACUGGAAUGUCGGAGUGCUCGGACCGGUGACCCUCUCCAGCCUAAAUGGGGGCACAAAAGACCUCAGCCAUCAGAAAUGGACCUAUCAGGUCGGCCUGAAAGGCGAAACGCUGGGUCUCCACACCGUCACCGGAAGCUCCGCAGUCGAAUGGGGUGGCCCUGGCGGCUACCAGCCACUGACUUGGCACAAGGCUUUCUUCAACGCGCCGGCCGGGAACGACCCAGUGGCGCUCGACAUGGGCAGCAUGGGGAAGGGCCAGCUCUGGGUGAACGGCCACCACGUCGGCCGGUACUGGUCGUACAAGGCCUCCGGUGGCUGCGGCGGCUGCAGCUACGCCGGGACGUACCACGAGGACAAGUGCCGGUCCAACUGCGGCGACCUGUCCCAAAGAUGGUACCAUGUGCCGAGAUCAUGGCUGAAGCCGGGCGGCAACCUGCUGGUGGUGCUGGAGGAGUACGGCGGCGACCUCGCCGGCGUCAGCCUGGCGACGAGAACCACAUGAACGAAUUGCAGCGAGAGAUCAUCACCACCAUUUGAUACAGUCGUCGACGGCCGCGUGAACAGCUUCCUCCUGUAGCACGCAGAAUUCGUCGAUGGUAUUUACACACACAGACGAACACCUUACAAGUAAAAAAAAAAAAACACAGGAGCAGCAGCAACAGGUGUGUAUUUAUUGGGGAGUCGGAGAGGUGGUUGUCUCGCUCGCCGGUGGCCUUCACUGCGGCUGCAGCGACGGCAGUGGCAUCACCGGCCACCGGCCGGCAUGCAGACGCUGUUCAGUUGUUUGCGUUGCUCGGGAAUUUGUUACGGUGCAUAGAGCAUUUGUUAUUGUAACUUGUAAUCUUUGUCGACAUUAUAAAUUACUAGUAUUACUAGUUGUGAGAAUUGAUUAUGCAGGAAAUCACAAAUAGUUUUGUCAAUCCGUUAUUGUCUGUAGCUAUCCAUUUUUAGGAAAACUGUUUGAUGUGUUGGAGAUUUUACGAGAAGUUGAAGUUGUUAAAAGCUCUCUAGAGGGCCAAUUUA